AUGAAUACAAACAUUUUCUCAGACUUAUCGGUAAUUAUAGCUGAUAAUAAAGCCACUUCAACUAGAACAGAACGAGGAGAAAAAAGACCCGCUCCUUUAGUUCCUGAAUGUCAAGUUAAAAAGAGUAUGGCUGAUCAUCAUUCAUGCGAAGAACGAGCAUCAAAUACUACUUCCAACUAUAUUGACCAACCAAAAUUCGUCAGUGCGGCUGAGAUAGCUGCUGCAGCUCGUGCGAAUGUUCAUAUGGCGCCUGAAAUUUCUGAUGAAGAAUUGCUUGAAAUGGCUCUUAAAUUCGAAAAAGAAAAUCCCCAAUAA